GUGGAUGGUGGAUGUGGGUGGUAAUGGUGGAUGUGGCUGCAAAUGGAACACGAUGAUAAAAGGAACAAUCUUUUGUUUCUUCAACGUGUUUAUUCAAAGAACCCACAUACUAGAUUCAGUCAAACAAAGAGUUACAAGAAAGGCUAAAGCUUGGUACUACUAAUAAAGAAAAUGGAGAUGUCAUGCAGAGCUACCACUGCUUUAACAUGGACUCGCUCCAUCUCUCCUCCUUCUCUCCACAUUCCUCAAUCAUUCUCUAGGUAUGAUACUAGAAGGCUCAGUGUAUGCGGUGCUUCUGAUCAAACCCCAAAGGAAAAUCAGAUGACGGUAUCAGUAACAGGAGCAACAGGUUUUAUAGGUAGAAGAUUGGUACAAAGACUGCAUGCAGAUAACCAUAAUAUUCAUGUCUUGACACGUUCCAAGUCUAAAGCACAGUUAAUAUUUCCGGGCAAGGACUUCCCUAGAAUUGUGAUUGCUGAGGAGCCAGAGUGGAAAAACAGCAUUCAAGGUUCAGAUGCUGUUGUUAAUUUGGCUGGUAUGCCCAUCAGUACAAGAUGGUCAUCUGAGAUCAAGAAAGAGAUCAAGCAGAGCAGGAUCAGAGUCACCUCAAAGGUAGUAGAUCUAAUAAAUGAUUCGCCAGAAGGAGUUCGGCCUACAGUUCUUGUCAGUGCUACUGCUGUUGGUUACUAUGGCAGUAGUGAAACACGAGUAUUCGAUGAGAGCAGUCCAUCUGGAAAUGACUACUUGGCUGGGGUCUGUAGAGAAUGGGAAGGAACAGCCCUCAAAGUAAAUAAGGAUGUAAGAUUAGCACUUAUUCGCAUUGGUGUUGUUCUUGGUAAAAAUGGGGGUGCUUUAGCUAAAAUGAUCCCUCUGUUCAUGAUGUUUGCUGGUGGACCUUUGGGUUCUGGACGACAAUGGUUUUCCUGGAUUCACCUGGAAGACAUAGUGAACUUGAUCUACGAAGCACUAAUAAAUCCAUCAUAUAAAGGAGUUAUCAACGGAACUGCACCAAAUCCUGUGCGAUUGGCGGAGAUGUGCGAGCAACUUGGAAAUGUCCUUGGCAGACCAUCAUGGCUGCCCGUACCAGACUUUGCCCUGAAAGCAGUCCUUGGAGAAGGUGCUUCUGUGGUUUUGGAUGGACAAAAGGUGCUUCCUACAAAGGCCAAGGAGUUGGGUUUCCAAUUUAAGUAUCCCUAUGUGAAAGAUGCACUGAAAACCAUUCUUUAAAAGAGAGAGCGCUUGUAAGGAAUUAUAUAUAUAUGUUUAUUCUUUUGCUUGAGGAUCAAACUUCUCCCAGUAAUCAGAGGCGUGGAUGUAGAAUGUAGUCAGAAGAAGAAUAGCUCUGUUAGCUACACAAAAGCUGCAUGUUGGUGGGUUUUUCUUUCUUUUUUUUUCUUUAUGGUCCUGUAUAAGUGAGCUCUUCUUUUGUAACAUUGAAUUAAUUUAUGUCAUACGUACGUAGCAUGUAAAAAGGUACACUUUAUUUAUCCAAUACCAAUCAAAACGAAGAUUUUAUAUGAA